GAAAAGGCAAAAUGCCACAUUUAUUGUGAAUACAGAAAGAAUCAUAGUAAGCAGUUAGCUAUAACCCUCCAUUCAAUUUCAUAUUUAUUCACACAUUCAUUCAUACACACACACACACAGGUUCUGCAAGGUUGUUAUCAUAGUUACCAGCCUUAGAGUUGCUCAUGCCAAGCCACUGGCCAGGUGGCCUGGACAUGAGGAGGGAACAGGGCCUUGUCAGACACUCAUCUGAUGCUCCUGGAAGUUGGUUUUCAGAAUCAGACCCCAAAGUUCUCACUUUCUAAAGUCCAUUUUUAUAGGAAUUUCUUCCUAUGCCAGUCUAUGGGAACUGCUUCAUCAUGCUGUUGCUGAAUCAAUCAGCAGAUGGCACAUUCCUGACAGCUCCAUGCUGCCAGAUGUUAUCUUGUUCUUUGGUUCUCCCAUCCUUGAGGCUGUUGGGUGGAUUCUAGUCUGCCCUCCGGGGGUCCUCUGGUUAUUUCCACUUGAUGCCUUCUUCAGCUGAUGGACACUGGAUUCUUAGGCUGUCACCUCCCUGAUCAUUCAGUUAUUAUCCACACCAAGCAUCCAUCCACAUACAUCCUCUAUCUCUAUUUUAAUCACAAUUGUUAACAAAGCAAGAUGACUACAACAAAAGGGCGGGGAGUCUCUGGGUGCUGUUUCUGUUGUUACAGAGUCUUGCUUUGAGUCUCUCUCUGUGUGAGUAGCUGUUACAAAGAAUUGCUUUGAGAACAGACUGUCUCAGAAUGUACUAUCACAAUUAGCAGCUUCCAAGUUACACACAAAAAAAGGGAGCAAAACCAUACCAAAAACCAAGAGACCUCUUAAUUAGUAAUACCUUGGAAUUUAAACUAUGGAGAAUCAAACUCAUUUGUGAUUUUAAUACAGAACUUCUUUAAUACGAUCCAACAGAUGAUCUGGUAAGGAAACGUUCAGGUUUUGGAGCUAAAACUCUGAGUUAAGUUUGGCCUGUAGGUUGGUGAGGCAGAGCCUGUAACUGUUCAGUGAGAACAAAUUUGCACUGCAGCCCUUAGAAUCAAUUCGUGCCCAGGUCCCAACUGCAGCGAAUGUUCUCACCCCCUAGACCCUCUGCAUGGAUUAGCAGCAUCCCCUGUUCAUUGGGGCGCUCUCGGAGGGUCCAAUUCAUAUGAAGAAGAUCCCGGAAGAGGAGUGGUUAAUUAUACCCACCAGAGGGAAAGCAGGGCGCAGCCUGCUCUUAUAUCCUACAUCAUUUGUUUGCUACAUCAUAAAAAGAUAUGGGCGAAACUGUUUAAAGCUAGAAAACCCAGGCUGAAGUGGCCGCUUCCACCCCUCUGCUUCGCUGCUAAGCGAUGCUACUUUCCACCUCUGUCGUUGAUUUAACAGCUCCUUAGCUUUAUAUCUGUGGGGGUUACUUUUGUUUUGCGAAGUGAGGGGAAGACUGGGGAGACCUACCCUUUCAGCUAGAAUUACAGCUUUAUUUUCUGAACUGCCUGGCUGAAAAACAAAACAAAUGACAUUGUAUUAGUGGAGGCCGGGCAACACCCCCAGCGUGGUGGUGUAAAGAUCCGAGCCAGCCAUCUAAACGUAACCAGACCGUUCGUUGUAUGCAGAAAGAAGAAACCUACACGGUUGCUUUUCUUAAGAAAAACCGGUUUGAUUUAACCUCCCUCCCUUUAAAAUUAGUACCGAUAUAACAGCAAUUGCGCAGCGAUGUACAUUUCCUUUAUAACGAUCGAAUGAACAAGUGGAAAUUUCUCCCCCAUAGUGUUUACAUUUAGUAUAAGUAAUGUUACUGGGCGUGCUAACAUCAAGACAAAGCUCUGGCAUGCCGCACCAGACUCAUAGUAAACUCAUUCUAUUGUUCCUCCUCACAUGUCUGUAUUUUCUCAGAAGCGAAAUUGCUCCGUUCAUAUUUAUGAAUCAUUUAGCCUGGAUGAAUUUAUUUUCAUUUUGUACCUUGAAUAUUUUCCAGAGUUGUCUUUGUAUAUUACGGACAUUGCUUCGGGUACAAUGACAAAGCACUAAGGUUCUUGCAAACACGGGCACAGAGAUGAAGCCGUGUAUGGGUAAAUAAAACGUAGCCGCUAUUAAGGAAGAGAGCAAACACUUGAGUGGAUAUCCUGUAACGGACUAGACGGUGUGUGUUCAUGGAAAUGCUGGCAAGGAGAAAGCAUUGAUAUGCAGGCUGGCUUCUGUGUCCCCAAGUAAACUUCAGUUUGCCCAGGGUUUUCCUGCUAGGUGAGAAGAGGGUGAAAAUGUCCUUAUUCUGACUUCUCGAUCUCAAAACCUAGGAUCAGUAUGCACCAGGCUUCAGAGCGGAAGACAAAUCCACAGAAGGAGAAUUGCACAGUUCUUACGGAUUUUUCUUCUCUAAUCCCACUGCCGCUGUGCCAUUUCCUUCUGUUUUCAUGUGCAGAGCUGGGAGGUAAAUAGUAACCUCUACAGUUCCCAUGUGCGGUGUCACUUGCCAUUUUCAUGCCCAAAUCCACCUGCAAACGAGCUGAAGUUUACAAAAGCCAAGCUGACCAGCUGGGGGCCUGGGGCUGGACCUUUUGCCCCAGCUGUUUAAUACUUGGCAUAGUUUCUUUUGUGUGUGUAAACUAUUAGCAGAAGGGAGCGUCUAGCCUUUGCCGCUGUCGAACAGCGGAGGGGAAGUGGGAAUUGGUUGAGAACGGCAAUAGGAAAUCCUCUCCGAACCCACCAGCCUCCAAACUUCAUAAAAACGCCUUUCCCCAACUUCGGCUCUGCGCUGUGAUCUGUUUACUUUAGUCUCCAAAUUGCCGUUCGUUAGUUCAGCUCUUAAAACAAAGCCGUCAAGUGUACAUUGUUACCACGCCCGACCCGACCGUCGCCCGGAGAUAGCGCCUCAUUGCUAUAUGCAUGUACAAUUUAACUGUGCUGAGUUUCAAGCAUUUCAAAGAAAGCGUUUUCUCUCCUAUCUAAUUUGAAAAUUUGACCUUUUGCUUAUGUGCACGUGUUCAUUCAGUACAAACCCUGGGCGUGUGGGUCAGCGAGUAGGGCUGUUGGAUGCCUUUUAGCGGGAGGAGAUAUAAUUAUUUUAACUAUUUGAUUGCAGAAGUUUUCUGGCGUUAACAGUAGUGGUGAGGUUUCAUUUUUGGAGUGUCUAAGCGUUUGGGUUUCGUAAGGAGGGAAACCACAGGCUCGGACUUCAAAUGCCAUCCCUCUGAAAAUCCCCGAAUCCCUACGGAUGUUAAUCGCCACCUGAUCACAGUUCAGCAGCCCUGAGAAGCGCCGCUGCCGAUUCCUCGUGCCAUCGCUGCACAAGCAGCCCCUUUCAGCAGGCAGCGCCGAGCAGGGGCUAGUGAUUCUAGUCCAGAUCUUAGGGACGAACGGCGGCGAAGUUUACGAUGACUAUAACUUUGCUCAGGCACAUUUUGACGAGCACCGGGUGCAUCUUUCCGUCGCUAAAGGCUGUAAAUGCGCGUUCUCCAUGGCCACCUGCCUCUCACCCGCUACAAGUGGACGGAGAGAUGGCUGAAGAGCCUGAGAGUUGUAGCCCCGUGGGCCACCCCUCCCUCCCGAGCUGCUUCCUGGGGGCUCCGCCAGGGUCCUGCUCUCGCCCCUGCCCGAUCAAUGGCAACCACAUCCCCAGGACUCAGCAUCUCCCGCUCCGUGGUGGGCAGGGCCCAGGACCCAGGGACCUCACUGCAGCUGCGAACCCAUUGGGCUGUAGCAGGGACCAGCAGCUCCUCUCCCCCCGCUGUAGCGGGGAGGGGUAUAAGAAGGGCUCGGACGCGGCUCUCCCAGCCACACGGCGAGGCGGCGGCCAGGGCUGCACCAGCGUCGGUGGGCGAGCGGCCCCAUGAGCCGGCAGCUGGGCGCGCGGGGCUCGGAUGGGGAGGACGAGGAGGAGGAGGAGGAGAUCGACACCGUGGGGGCCGAGGAGGUGGAAGGGGGCAGCGGCGGGCAGGGGCAGCCCCGCCGGCAGGGGGAGCCCGAGGGGAAGCCGCCCUACUCCUACAUCGCGCUCAUCACCAUGGCCAUCCUGCAGAGCCCGCAGCAGAAGCUGCCGCUGAGCGGCAUCUGCGCCUUCAUCCGCGGCCGCUUCCCCUACUACCGCCGGCGCUUCCCCGCCUGGCAGAACAGCAUCCGCCACAACCUCUCGCUCAACGACUGCUUCGUCAAGCUGCCGCGGGAGCCGGGCAGCCCGGGCAAGGGCAGCUACUGGGGCCUGGACCCGGCCUCGCAGGGCAUGUUCGACAACGGCAGCUUCCUCCGCCGCAGGAAGCGCUUCAAGCGCCCCCCGCCGCCGCCCGCCCCGGCCCCGGCCCCGGCCCGGCCGCCGCCGCCCCUGCUCUGCCCGCCCUGCGCCCUGCUGCCCCGCGAGCCGCUGCGCUACGUGCCGCCCGAGGCCGGGCUCCCGCUGCACCCCGCCUGCCCCCUGCCGCGCCGGAGGGCGGCCGGCUGCGCCCUGCACCUGGGGGUGCUGCUGCUGCGGGAGCAGGAGGCGGCCGGGGCGCAGCAGGCGGCCGCCGCCCCAGGCCGCGGCUGCUCCUUCAGCAUCGAGAGCAUCCUGAUGGGCAGCGAGCCGGCCCCCCGCCCGCUGCUGCCGCCGCCGCCGGCCGCCGCCUGGGCUUGCGGGCCCCAGCUCCUGCCCCGCGCCCCCUGCCUACUGCCCGCGGCGCUGCUCGGCGUGGCCUCGCCGCGGGACGCCGCCUGCUGCGCCCCGGGGGCCGGGAAGGGCGCCCGCCUCCUCCGGCCCAGCCCUGGUGCGGCGGCGGCGGCGGCAUUGCUGGGCUGCCAGCCCGGGCCGGGCCCUGCCAGGCUGCUGCCCCUUGGAGCGGCACCGGCCGCCUUCUAGCGCCCAAGGGGACCGGCGACCCCUGCCGGGGACGUUGCGCGGACACCCUGGUGGGUGGCGUUAGUGCCUCAAACAACUUCAUGCUUCGAUCGGGAACUGCCCGGCCCGGGCCCUGCCUCGCGUUUGCCGUCGGGGCGGGCGGCUUGUGCACUGCCCCCCACCGCCCCAUCCGUCUCUGGGUGGCGAUUGUCAUGGAGCGCCUGACUUUAUGCUGCGAGCUGAAACUGACCGACCCUGCUAAACUUGCAGCAGCUCCGGCUCUGGCGCGUGGCGAUCAUGCAGCAAAUAAUGCCCUCACGGACGUGUGUUGUCUGUAAAAUGUUUACAAAGCGAAAGACUUUAAAAGCGGGUUGUUUUUUUAAGGAACAGGUCACCGGGCACUACAGUGAGCGUUGCUGUUUUUCUCCCUGUGCAACGUCAAAAGCGCAUCCGGUCUGCAUUAUCUGAGUGAGAAAUGCACUAAGUGGGUAACUUGUGGGAUUCAAACAAAAACUUCAAACACAGGACAACUUCCACUAUAAUACGUUUCCUUUUCUCCUCCUUUGAACGACAAACUUUUCAAAAUGCCAAACGUACAAUACUUAUGUAUCCUGUGUUUCCUCUUGUAACGGGUUUGCAAUAUAAAUAGACAUUGCAGCUGAAUAUUUAUUGCCUGUGAUCUGUAUUUGCAGCUUCCGUGGGGAAAUGUUAACAUAAACUUGUGUUUAGCCUAAAUAAAAAACAAUAUAGUGCUUGUCUUUCCUUUUUCUGAAGUCAGUUACAGAGGAUAACACAAUUAAGCAUAUGCUCAUCAUAAUAUGUAUAAAAUCCAGCUGGCUAACUUUCCAAACGAAAGAGACCUUUUCGCUUUUAUGUUUUAAUGGGAGCAAAAGGGUCAUUUCGAAGGCCCUCUAUGGGGUGUAUUAGGGUAUUUACGAGUGUUUCGGAUGUUUAGAUUUAGGGUUUAUUUCUAUAUGUUAUUUGACGGCAUAUAAAAUCAGAGGUUUUUUUUGUUCAAGCCCUAGUAGAAGCUGAUUUAAAUUGAGAUCGGAACUGCCCAUAGCUUCACUAGGAGCAGAAUUGGACCCGUUCUUUGGGAUACCAGGUGUCACCUUCCUCCCCGCAAUGAGCAAUGAAAACAAGCUAGGAGAUGGAAAACAAAUGGCACUCGUUUCUCUGAUUCUUAG